UCAUGUGUGAGGAAGAACGGUUGUGACGCGCUCGCCUGUCCAUCUGGCCGCAGGCGCCACAGUGGCCGCCGGCGAGGUGUGGCUGUCCCUUGCAGCCGAGCAGCGCCUACAACUGUUUCGCUGGAGCGCGCAUGCUGCUGGCUCGUCCCUCUUCGUGCCAUCAUGAGCCCUCGCGCUACUCCCUCAUCGUCUCCAAGCUGUGGAAAGGGCUGCGACGUGAAAUUCGACACCACACCUCCUGCCGCCGUCAAAGAAUACGAGCUCUCAAAUAUAGGGCUCAAGCGGUAACUUUACAGUUCAAAGGGGACGAGCUCCUUGUUUAAAGAGAUGUGCUAACAGUCAGAGCAGCACAGGUUCGUCGGAGCAGCGAGCGGAAGCCAAUGCGACUUCCGAGGAGAUUUGCAUAAUCCACAGCCUAUCGUUGAGGUUUCCGACGAAGUGUUUGUAAACGCGCUCCCCUUCCCAGUGCGAAGACUCUUGCAUUACGAGCGAUCUCCUUGAACUCUCAUCGAGGAGGAAAGCAGUGUUGCCAGAGGGAAUGCAGCCUUUCCUUCUAAUGUUGAACAUUUCCUGCAAGAGCGAAAGCGAAAAUUCACAUAAUAAAACGUCAGUAAUUUUUAAUAUCAGCAUUGAAAUAAAUUGAGAAUUUUGAUAAACAUGUUUCAAGCAUUGUAACAAGUAUGUUAUACCUCAUCUUGUGAAAAAUUUUAUC